AUGGUCGCCUGGACGGUGUCUCACAAGCGGCACGUCCGGAUACUGCUGGUAGGCGAUCAGGGUGUCGGCAAAACGUCGCUCAUCUUGUCACUGGUGAGCGAAGAAUUCCCGGAAGAUGUCCCACUCAAGGCGGAAGAAAUCACCAUACCAGCGGAUGUGACGCCAGAACAGGUUCCCACAAACAUAGUCGAUUAUUCCGCGGCCGAACAAACGGAUGAAGCGCUUGCGGAAGAAAUUCGAAAGGCGCACGUCGUCUGCAUUGUUUACUCGGUAGACAGUGAGGAAACGUUGGACGGCAUCACGGAGCGGUGGUUACCGAUGGUGCAGAAGUGUUCCGAACUGGAACGGAAGCCGGUGGUGCUCGUGGGAAACAAGAUUGACCUGGUUGAUUACUCCACUAUCGACCAUGUCCUUUCGAUCAUGGAAGACUACCCCGAAGUGGAGAGCUGUGUGGAAUGCUCAGCCAAAACGCUGCACAACAUUUCCGAGAUGUUUUACUACGCUCAGAAGGCAGUUUUGCACCCAACGGCACCACUGUACAUAAUGGAAGACCAAGAUUUAACCGAAGCUUGCAAAAAGGCACUUGUGCGUAUCUUCAAAGUGUGUGACAUUGAUGGCGAUGGUUUGCUGAACGAUUACGAGCUGAAUCACUUCCAGCGCCGUUGUUUCAAUGCACCCCUACAGCCCCAGGUGCUGGACGAGGUGAAAGCGGUACUGAUGAAGAACACACCCGACGGUAUCCGCGACGACUCCGUGACGCUCAACGGGUUCCUUUUCCUGCACUGUCUGUUCAUUCAGCGCGGUCGCAACGAAACGACCUGGGCCGUGUUGCGUCGCUUCGGGUACAACGAAAACCUCACAAUGAGUGACGAAUAUUUACACCCGCCCGUUAAGAUACCGCCGGGCAGCAGUACCGAAUUGUCCCACCGGGGACAACAGUUUCUCGUAUCGCUGUUCGAACGCAGCGAUCGGGACGGUGAUGGCGCACUUUCGCCUACCGAGUUCCAGAAGCUAUUCAGCGCCUGCCCUAGUCCACCGUUCUCCACCGACAUCAAGCGCACGAUACCGACAAACGACAAUGGGUGGCCCACGCUGCACGGAUGGUUGUGCCGCUGGAGCCUAAUGACGCUGGUGGACGUGAACAAAACGCUCGAAUAUCUCGCCUAUCUCGGGUUCAAUGUGCACGAAAACGAGUCCCAGCUGGCGGCAAUUCACGUAACGCGCGAACGACGCAUCGAUCUGGCCAAAAAGCAGAACAGCCGUACGGUUUACAUGUGUCACGUGAUCGGUGCGAAAGAUGCCUCCAAAACGACCUUUUGCCGGGCGUUUCUGGCCCAGGACAUGAAGCGUCUUACCGAUCGGGACAUUCGACACAGCAACCGGUACGCGAUCAACACGGUGCAGGUGUACGGGCAGGAGAAAUACCUCGUGCUCCGGGACGUUGACGCGAGGCUCGUGCUGGAUCCGCUGCAGCCGAGCGAAGUGAACUGUGACGUCGCCUGUCUGGUGUACGACGUGGGCAAUGCGAAGUCGUUCGAGUACAUCGCACGAAUAUACAUCAAGUACUUUGCCGAGAGCAAAAUACCGGUACUGAUCGUUGGCACCAAGGCCGAUCUGGAAGAGGUAAGGCAGGACUACCUGCUGCAGCCGCCCGACUUUUGCCACAAGUACAAACUGCUGCAGCCACAGUUCUUCAGCGUGAAGCACAAUAAGAAAGACAUCUACACGAAACUAGCAACGAUGGCGGCGUUUCCUCGAUUUCAAGCAGCGUGGAUUCUGUUUUAUAAGCAUAGAUUGGUACAACUGUGGGAAACAACCCAUCUGAAGCAAUUCGGGCUUAUGUCGAGUGAUCCAUUACUCUGGUGGAAGGCAGGACUGGGCAUAGCGGCCGCAACGAUAGUUGGUUUCUUCGUAGUGAAAGCGUUUCAUGGACCGGGUUCAGCGGCACGAUGA